UAAAUUUUGCGACAACAGCAUUGUUUUACGGCAAAAACAUCUGCACGUGUAAAUUUAUCUAAAUUUUCAUUAUUUUUUUAGAAAACCAGUAAUCAUGGGACGAAAAAGGGAUCCGAUGGACGUAAAGUUUACUGGAAAGGGCCGUAAAGCGAAGAAACAGCCGCCGCCAAUGUUUGCUAAAACGACAAACGAUGAUGAUGCUGAGAAAAAACUAAGCAGUCACCAGAAGAAAAGAUUAAAAAAGCGGGCUGAAAAGGCGGAAGUUAGAAAAGAAGAGAAAAUAGAAAAACUGAAAAACAAAAAGGCAAUCACUAAAAAUUUUGAGAAUAAACAUGGAAACCAGGUAACCUCAACCAAGGGAGACAACAAGGGGAAGCAAAAUAAACUAAAUGGUAAAUUACAACAGAAGUAUGCUGGAAAGCAAAAUGGGAAGAACGAAAAGUAUCGGCAGAAUCUGCAGAAAACACUGAAACGAAAGUUGGACGAGGAUUCUGACGAAGAUUCAGAGGAAGAAUCUUCAGAAGAAGAGGAUGAGGAUGAAGUGAUGGACGUUACUCCAACUAGCAAAAACAAACAUUUAAUGAAUGAAGAUGCAGAUAGUGAUGAUGAUGAUGAAGAAGAUGAUGAUGAUGAUGAUGAAGAAGAAGAUGAUGAAGAAGAGGAAGAGGAUGAUGAUGAUGAUGAAAUACAGUUUGAUACCAGUCAACAGUUAGAAGCAGGUGAUGCUUCAGAGAGUGACGAUGAUGAUGAUGAGGAGGAUGAUGAUGAGGAGGAUGAUGAUGAUGAUAAAGUAAAAGGAUAUACUGAUGAUAAUAAAGCAUGGCUAAAACCUGCUGGGAAAGGAAAGCAACUGUUGACUGAGGAGGACAGUGAUGAUGAUGAUAGUGAUGAUAUGGCUGAUGAAUUUGAUGAUGACAACUCUGAUGAUAGUGAUGAUGAUGACGAUGAAGAGGGGGAUGAGAUGUUACCUGUUGAGAAAGCAGCCAAGAAGUUAAGGAAGAAAGAAAAGCAAGAUAAGAAACUUGCUGAGGAUGAGUUACAGACAAAUAUAGCACAAACAGAGAAAUACACACUACCUAGUGGACAAGAAAUAGAGAAAGAAACCGCCACUUCACCAGACCUGGCUAUGAUUCAACACAGGAUUAAAGAUGUUAUGCAUGUGCUUGCUGACUUUAAAGAGAGAAAAGAAGAAGGAAAAUCCAGACAGGCGUAUAUAGGGCAGCUGAGGAAAGAUCUAUGUCUAUACUACAGUUAUAAUGAAUUUCUUAUGGAGAAACUGAUGAGCCUUUUCCCUACAGAGAUUGUGGAUUUCCUGGAAGCAAAUGAAGUACCGAGACCUGUUACUAUACGUACCAACACGUUAAAGACAAGAAGAAGGGACCUAGCUCAGGCCCUUAUCAACAGGGGAGUUAACCUGGACCCUAUAGGGAAGUGGUCAAAAGUAGGCCUGGUUGUUUAUGAUUCACAAGUACCCUUAGGGGCUACACCAGAAUAUCUGGCUGGCCAUUAUAUGUUACAAGGAGGGUCCAGUUUUCUCCCAGUGAUGGCUCUGGCCCCCCAGGAAGGGGAGAGAAUCCUAGAUAUGAGUGCUGCACCUGGUGGCAAAACUACUUAUAUAGCUGCAUUGAUGAGGAAUACAGGAAUGCUGUUUGCCAACGAUGCCAGCAAAGAUCGGACAAAAUCUAUCAUUGGUAACAUACACAGAAUGGGAAUAACAAACACUGUCGUGUCUGAUUAUGAUGGUAGACAUUUCCCAGAGGUAUUGAAGGGAUUUGACCGUGUGUUACUUGACGCCCCAUGUAGCGGCACUGGCGUCAUUGCGAAAGAUCCUGAGGUGAAGAUAAAUAAAGAUGAGACAGAUAUACAGAAAUGUUCGCAGUUACAGAAAGAGUUGAUCUUAGCCGCCAUAGAUUGUUGUGAUGCUAAUUCUAAAACAGGAGGAUAUAUUGUAUAUUCUACAUGCUCUGUGAUGGUUGAAGAAAAUGAAUGGGUUAUAGACUAUGCUUUGAAGAAACGUAAUGUUAAACUUGUCUCUGCUGGUAUAGAUUUUGGGAAGGAAGGUUUUUCUAAUUUUGAAAAAUUCCGGUUCCAUCCUAAUAUGAAGAUGACUAGAAGAUUUUACCCACAUACACAUAAUUUAGAUGGAUUCUUUGUAGCUAAAUUGAAAAAAUUCUCAAAUAAAAUCCCAGGAAAAGAGACAAGCAAAGAUGAAACUAUUGGGGAGCUAGGGGGAUUUUUCAAAUCAGAAAAUGAACAAAAUGAAGAGAAACAAGAGUCAUUAGAGGUGAAUUCUGAUUCAAGUGGAGAUGAAGGGGAGACUGAUUCACCUAAAAAAUCUGAAGACAAAAAGAAAGGAAAACAAGAAAACCAGUCAGAGGGAGAAACAGGAAACACAAAGGACAAUAAAUCUCCACAAAGACAAAAUAAAAAGCAGAAAGGACAGCAAAAAGGAAAAUCUUCAGAUAGUAAACCAAAUAGUAAAUCGUUUUUCUUUGCCCGCAAGAAAGGAAAAGGUGGGAAGAAAGGAGGCAAAGGAAACUUUAAAGCAGGGAAAAAUAAGAAAUUUAAAUCAGGUGGACCCAAAAGAUAGAAGUUUGUUGUUGAUAUAAUUUUGAAAUCUAAAUUAUAACAAUAGGGCUGUUUGUAGCAAAUCCCAAAAUUGCUGAGCCAAGAAAAACUAAAGAGAAAAUUACUUUUUAGUGAAUUAAUGUAUUGACACUGAUUGAGUGAGCUGAAAUAAUGAAAGAAAAUGGAAAAAAUGAAGAAGAAUAAUUCUGUUUUGAAACAAGAAUGAAAUAUAUUGAUAAAGAUGACAAACUUUUGCAUGCUAUUGUUAGAGAAUAAAAUUAUAAUUACACAAUGAAGGUUGACUUAAAUCCACCAUGUUGGAAAAGAUAUGCAUAUUAAAACUGGGGAAAGCAGAAAAUAAUUGCUUUGAAAAAGUUUGAUGUAAUGCUUAUAAUGAAAUUCUAACUAGACUGUAAUGACUGAUUUAAACAGUCACCAGUCAAUAAAUCAGUCAGCAUGUAUUCUUGCAUAAAAAAUGGAAUCUUUUAAAUGUGUCCAUGUCCUGAUUCAAAUGUUAUUGCAUGAAAAAAGGGGCUUCAACACCCCUCAAAUGUGUUUUUAAUGCAUUUAAUUUCUGAGGGAAAGUACAUUGUAUCUCAGCCAUGUACAUUAUAUAAAGCCCAGCAUUAAGUUGAUUUACAAUGUAUACCAACUAGUGUGUUAACAGUUUGUGUAAAUGAUGGAAGAAAAAUAUUAGGAUUCGAUUCAGAUUACAUGUCAGUAGAUAAUGGUAUAUUUCUAUGAUAUGAAGUUAUGUCUUAAUAAAUCAUUUUAUAUCAGAUGUUUUAUAUUGCAAUCUGACAAAGUAUUUAGCUAAUCUCUCAAAUGAAAAAUCUUUGAGGUUGUUUCUCCUCAAAAUUAAAAAUUCUCUGCUGGAAAUGACCUUAUAGUUCUUUUAAAAAUGCAUAUAUGUGGGCUGAAAUACAUUGCUGGCUACUUCAAAAUAUGUAGGAGUGCUGCAAGUAUUCAGGCAUAUUAUUAACAGUGUUGAUAGGGUUUUAAUCCUACAGAUAAAACUUUUUGUGACUGAAUUGGGUAGGGUUAUUUUUGUUAAGAUUUUAUUAUGUAUUUGUUAGGUAUACAUGUUAUUGUCACAUUAUAAAUGAAAUAACUUUAUGUAAUUAAAACUUUUUUUUAUGAAAUUCA